CCUGGGACACAAACCCUUGCAUGAGUGUCGUCCAGAACACUACCGUAGUAUGAGCUCCUCAUUUUGUGGCUGAGCCCAGUUGCCUAUAUACUGUACUGAGCAAUUGCAAAAUUAGCUCUCGCCAAUGCGUCGUUUCGUCUAGCCUUGGCCGCUGGCCGUGAAUUGCACAGAACGUCCUAAAGCAGUGAUAUGCUUGUCAAUUGGCGGUAACUAUCAUCAACAAUAACCAUACAAUCAACUACUACUGAGUUCACUGGUCGAAGAAUCAAGUGUCGGCUGCUCCACACUGAAUGCAGCGUGCGCUGCGAGAAGCGGUUGCAGCUUGCUUGACUCCUAAGCGUCUCGUCACAGUCAAUAUGAUGCUCAUGAACGGCGGCCUCCGCGGUGCCGCGAGCAUCGGCGGAGGAAUUCGCGGAGCCGGGCGCUCGCCGACGGUCCCGGCGCCAGUCCCUGUAACACACCUCGGCGUCCUGCGACCUCCUCUGCACAGUCAAACCUGCCCAUACAGCAGCAAUUUGCGGGGCGGGCGGCAGCUGACGGUGGUUCACGUUUCGCGGCCCACCGCCAGCGGCGCCGGAGCCGGAGCCGGCGGACCGGCCGACAAGGCGCCUCGCACAUUUGAGCAGCUGGGUCUGUCGGCGGCUCUUGUGUCGGCACUUCACGGCAUGGGCAUCUCCGAGCCCACGGACAUCCAGUCUCUGGCCCUGCCGGCGCUGCUGGGCGCCCCCGGCAACUACUUCCUGGCCAGCCACACAGGCAGCGGCAAGACCCUGGCGUACCUGCUGCCGCUGGUUCACGCGAUCAAGGCGCAGGAGGAGCAGGGCUUCGUGCCUCGGCCCAAGCGGCCGCGUGUGCUUGUGCUGGGCCCCACGCGCGAGCUGACGGACCAGAUCAGCCAGGUGGCCAAGCGGCUGUGCCACACCGCCAAGUUCAGGGCGGCCUGCGUCAACGCCUACAAGGGCAUGUCUGAGCAGGCGCGGCAGCUGGCGGGCCCGGUGGACGUGCUGGUGGCCACCCCCACCCGCUUCCUGCAGCACGUGCGCGAGGGCAACGUGGCCUACCGCGACAUCCAGUGGCUGGUGGUGGACGAGGCCGACACGGUGUUUGAGCAGGGCUGGGGGCCGGAGGUGGCGCAGAUCCUGGCGCCGCUGCGCUCCAAGCCCCAGCCCGCGCACGUGCUGUUGGUCAGCGCCACGCUAUCAAAGAGGGUUCAGAAGGCGAUUGCGGAGUUGGUGCCCGACGCCAAGGAGCUCAAGACCAGCACGCUGCACCGCGCCGUGACCGGCAGCCGCCACGCCUUCCUGCCGCUGCCGCCCGGCGGCAACAAGCUGGCGCUGCUGGGCGAGGUGCUGGGCGCGGACUCGCGGCGCGCGCAGAAGACGCUGGUGUUCUGCAACACGGUGGACUCGUGCCGGGCGGUGGAGCACUACGCGCGCGAGGAGGGGCUGGCGGCGGUGUGCUACCACGGCGACAUGCCGCCGGAGGCGCGGCAGGAGUCGCUCGCCACGUUUGCCGGCGCCACGCCCGACAUGCCCGGCGGCCAGCCGCUCAUGAUCGCCACCGACCUGGCGGCUCGCGGCCUGGACUUCCCGGGCACCGUGGACCACGUGGUGAACUUUGACUUCCCGCUCAACAGCGUGGACUACCUGCACCGCACAGGCCGAACCGCCAGGGCGGGAGCCACGGGCUCGAUCACCUCCAUUGUGUCCAAACGCGACAAGGUGUUGGCUCAGCGGCUGGAGUUCGCGCUGGAGCACGACCAGCCGCUGGACGGCAUCAGCGCAGACCCCGACGUGCUGCCGCCCUCGCAGAUCGCCAACAAGGCCCGCGAAAAGGCCAACGACAAGGCGCGUGAGGCGGUGGCGGUGCUGGGGCCCAAGGGCCUUGCCAAGUUCCGAGCCACGGAUAAGGCGCAGCAGGAGCGCAAGGGCGGCCGCGGCGCCGGCAAGAAGGCCGCCGCCGCCAAGCCCACGCUUCGCGGCUCGGUACGCGGCGCAGCACGCUUCGUGCUGCUAGAAGAGCGGCUGGCGCAGCGCAAUGCGGACAAGGGGAAGGGCAACAGGGACGGCGGCCAGGCGCGGCGCGGCACGGGUGGGCCGGAGGGCGGCCGCGGCGGGCGGGGCGGCGCGGGCGGGCGGGGGCCGGGCGGGCGGGGCGGCGGUGGUGGCCGCGGCGGUGGUGGCGGCCGUGGCGGGGGCAGGUAAGGACCGGGGGUUGAUGUGACAAGGGGGCAAGGUACAGAGGUGGGCGCGGGUUGUCUUUGGCUGGCUUUGUGAGGAGUGGUGGUGGUGGAGCUGGUGGAAACGAUGAGAGGGGCUGUGGGGUGGUGGUGGUGGUGGUGGUGGUGGUGGUGGUGGUGGAAGCGUGAUGACGACGACCAGGAAGCAGGUCGAAUGCGUGUGUGACGUGCGGCGGCUGUGAGCGAGUACAUGUGACAUGGGCGUGACUGGUGUGCGAGUCUGGGGGCGGAGUGACGGCGGUUUGGUUCCUGCAGCGGUCGUGAGCGGCGCGGUAUGCGUUCGGCAGGUGGGGCUGCGAGGGCGGCCCGUGGGGCGACCGCUGUGCGGUGAUGAGAGUGUGGGUGAGUUGUCACUUGUCGGCUCCAAUAGUCCAAUCCCAUCAAGCAGCUGAGACCCGGCGGGAAGUAACCCAGGUCCGCAUGGCGGGGUGACAGGGAACAAGUCCAGUUCUGCAACACAACAUCACUGUUGUGUGCCCUCUUGGCCUGACCUUAGGAUCCAUGUGAAUUCGCAACUUGCGCU